AUGUCUUUCAACAACGGCUACGGCGACCAGUUCCAGGGCCCGCCCCAGGGCGACAUGAACAACCCAACUCCACAGCCCGGCGACAUGGGUCAGCCCAUGGACACGUCGGGCAACGGCUUCCCGCCCCAGGGCAACAUGGGUCCUCCAGGCAGCGCUGGUGGCGAUGGCCAAGGCCAGGGCGCCGGAAAGACGACUCUCUGGAUGGGCGAGCUCGAGCCCUGGAUCGAUGAAAACUUUGUCCGCAGCAUCUGGUACAACAUGGGCGAGACGGUCAACGUCAAGAUGAUCCGUGACAAGUUCUCCGGCAGCAAUGCUGGAUACUGCUUCGUCGACUUUGCCAGCCCCGAUGCCGCGUCCAAGGCGCUCAACCUCAACGGCCAACUGAUCCCCAACUCGAACCGCCCAUUCAAGCUGAACUGGGCCUCUGGUGGCGGUCUCGCUGACAGGAGGCAAGUCACACCUGGCUUUUUACAUGCACACAUGAUGAUUGCUGACAACAAACACAGCCGUGACGAGCGUGGCCCCGAGUUCAGCAUCUUCGUCGGAGACUUGGGCCCCGAAGUCACCGAGUUCGUCCUCGUCCAGCUCUUCCAGAACAAGUACCCGUCGACCAAGUCGGCAAAGAUCAUGUCGGACCCCAUCAGCGGCAUGUCGCGUGGUUACGGCUUCGUCCGAUUCGCCAGCGAGGAAGACCAGCAAAAGGCCCUCACCGAGAUGCAAGGCGUCUACUGCGGUAACCGCCCCAUGCGCAUUUCGACUGCUACUCCCAAGAACAAGAGUGGAGGUCCCGGAGGUCCCGGAGGAAUGGGCAUGCCCCAAGGUGCAGGCGGCCCUGGCAUGGGCAUGUACUCAAUGGGCGCUCCCCCCAUGGGUAACUACUAUGGCGCUCCUCAGCCCAUGAACCAGUUCACUGACCCCAACAACACGACUGUCUUUGUCGGUGGUCUUUCUGGCUACGUCACUGAGGAUGAACUGCGCUCCUUCUUCCAGGGCUUCGGUGAAAUCACCUAUGUUAAGAUCCCCCCUGGUAAGGGAUGUGGCUUUGUCCAGUUCGUGCAGCGCCAUGCCGCCGAGAUGGCCAUCAACCAGAUGCAGGGCUACCCAAUCGGAAACUCUCGUGUCCGUCUCAGCUGGGGUCGCUCCCAAAACAACUCUGGGCCAGCUGGCACCCCAUACCGCCCAGCGCCCCCUCCACCAGUGCCCUUUGGCCCAGGAAUGGGCAUGCCUCCGCAACACCCCUAUGGCGGCGGCGGCGGUUACGGUCCUAUGAUGAAGGUAAGGCAGUAA